AGCACCAAUGUGUGUCAGCUACGUGAAGGGCUUGUCUAUUUUAACUGCAGUUUUAUAAGCAAUUUCAAGUUGUAGUCAGAAAGAAAAGGUGUUUCUAUUUCAUGAUAAAUUAUCGUUCUGGAACUCGUAACUGUGUUCAAAUAAGUUCUUCAGUUCACCGUCCACCGCUUAGGAUCGCAAUGGCUAAACGGGAUAUUUAUUCUACGAUGGUGCUCGUAUUUGUGUGCCUGGCUUUGGCGCUAGUUCCUGAUACACACGGAAUGCCGACUGGUGUUUCUGCGGAUGCUUGUGAUACUCUAACACCGGACUAUAUCAACCCAACAACGGGUGUACGUUAUACGCCACAGACUGGAGACACUCCGUAUGUUCUGACCGUCCAGCCUAAAUCUUACACACCGGGACAAGUUAUCACAGUCACUGUUGAGGGUUGGUUAGACUUCGAAGGAAUCUUACUACAGGCACGAGCACAAAUAGCUAAUACCCCUACACCGGUGGGUACAUGGGCGCCUAAAGACGGGUACACGCUUCUGACCUGCUCCAGUAUGAACGACUUUCUCACCCAUACUGACGAUACCACAAAGGUACCAAGUGUUCAGUUCCAGUGGACAGCACCAUCGAGCCCUGUAGGAGCAGUCACAUUCACGGCAACGAUAGCUAAAAACAAGGAGACUUUUUGGACUCCCAUUGAAGCUGUAAUCACAAGCGGUGUGACGCCUGGUGCAUGUUCUAGCAGCCCAUGCGUAAAUGGUCUAUGUUUUACCGGUAUAAGCGGCUCCUACGCCUGUUCCUGUAAUACUGGCUUCACAGGAACAAAUUGUGAAACUCGAAUUGUCCCACGAUGUCUCAAUGAUCUCGAAUGCUACGAAGGAACAUGCUUUCAAUCACACGCGGAUGAAAACAGAUACUUGUGUGUCUGCAGUAGUGGCUACUGGGGAGAUAACUGUAAUCUGAAAACAACAGCCUGUCAACCAACCAACCCUUGUGAGAAUGGGGGAACCUGUUUCUUGAGUGAUUUCAAUAAUCAAAAUCAUGUAUGCGUGUGUGCAACGGGAUAUGAGCCACCAAACUGUGAACAGCCAACAGUUCCCGACCUACCAUGUGAUUCUAACCCGUGUCAAAAUGGCGGAAAUUGUGCUAACAAUGGUAACCAAUACAUCUGUACAUGCAGUGCAGGUUAUCAGGGAACCAACUGUGACGUAACAAUUCCUGACCUACCAUGCGAUUCUAAUCCGUGUCAAAAUGGCGGCAAUUGUGCUAACAAUGGUAACCAAUACAUCUGUACAUGCAGUGCUGGUUAUGAGGGAACCAACUGUGCUAUAACGAUUCCCAACCCACCCUGUGAUUCUAACCCGUGUCAAAAUGGCGGAAAUUGUGCUAACAAUGGUAACCAAUACAUCUGUACAUGCAGUGCCGGUUAUGAAGGAACCAACUGUGACGUAACGAUUCCAAACCCACCCUGUGAUUCUAACCCGUGUCAAAAUGGCGGCAAUUGUGCUAACAAUGGUAACCAAUACAGCUGUACAUGCAGUGCCGGUUAUGAAGGAACCAACUGUGAUAUGAUUACACCCACAACGCCAACACCCAUCGAACCUUGUGAUUCUAACCCGUGUCAAAAUGGCGGCAAUUGUGCUAACAAUGGUAACCAAUACAGCUGUUCAUGCAGUGCUGGUUAUGAGGGAACCAACUGUGAAACAACGAUUCCCAACCCACCCUGUGAUUCUAACCCGUGUCAAAAUGGCGGCAAUUGUGCUAACAAUGAUAACCAAUACAUCUGUACAUGCAGUGCCGGUUAUGAAGGAACCAACUGUGAUAUGAUUACACCCACAACGCCAACACCCAUCGAACCUUGUGAUUCUAACCCGUGUCAAAAUGGCGGCAAUUGUGCUAACAAUGGUAACCAAUACAUCUGUACAUGCAGUGCAGGUUAUCAGGGAACCAACUGUGACGUAACAAUACCUAGCAACCCAUGCAGUUCAAACCGGUGUCAGAAUGGAGGUUUCUGUAGAAUGGAGACCAUGGAUACAUUUGUGUGUGUGUGCCUGAACGGCUUUGGUGGGGAUAGGUGUGACAGAGCAGUUUCCUGUUCCGUGGCACCAGACUAUCCGUGUGAAAACCUUGGGCAAUGCACCCCAGAAGGAGAGUGCAUGUGUCGGCCAGGGCUCAGUGGAGACCGCUGCGAAGUCCGUGCAUGCUCAAUAGAUCCCCCUAACCCCUGCGAUAAUGGAGGGACUUGCAGCGGACCAGGGGGUAUGUACGUGCCCCGUUGGCUACACCGGCACAAGAUGUGAAGAAACAAUCACCACUACAUGCAUAGAGGGAACUACUUGCCUCAACGGAGGAUCCUGCAGUGCAGCACAGAACCAACUCUGUAGUUGUUUGCCUGCGUAUACCGGAGAGACAUGUGAACUUCCUGUGACGAAUCAUUGUGAACAAGCAGUUUGCCAGAAUGGUGGUACAUGCAUCAACAGGGAAACAAGGUAUUCAUGCGCCUGCAAAGACGGUUACUAUGGAAACACUUGUGCAACCUUCACAGGUAGUACCGCAGGACCAUCAGUUGGUUUAACAUUGGAGAUUUGGUGGAUAGCAUUGAUUGCUUUAAUAGGUGCACUACUGAUCAUUAUCAUUAUUGUUGCACUUUGCACCAUUCUUCGAUCUAGCAAUGCAGAGGAACGCCAUUUAGUUGGAGACAAGAGAAUCUAAACAUUCAUAACUGUUGAGAACUAUCAAGAGUGUUAUGCCAAUUCCAAUCUAUACUUUGUUGCACUCUGCACCAUUCUUCGAUCUAGCAAUGCAGAGGAACGCCAUUUAGUUGGAGACAAGAGAAUCUAAACAUUCAUAACUGUUGAGAACUAUCAAGAGUGUUAUGCCAAUUCCAAUCUAUACUUUGUAUUAAAUGCAAAGUAGAUUUAUUUUAUCGAAAGCAUUUUUGUGUUUUAAAGAUUUUGUGAAUGUCCAAAAUAUGGUUGUUUGGAACAAUAACAAAUUAUUUGUUAUCGCACAUAUUUAUGGGGGCGGGACAAAAUAUAAUACAAUUGUUGUCCUGUUUUGUUUUUGUAUAAAGGUGGUAAACCAACAUUUUUAUGAAAGCAUAUAAUUAUUUUUUAUAUACAUUUUUUGUACAUCCAUAUUACAGAAUAUAUAAUAGUUUUACUCCAAAAAGAGUUUCACUGCGUCACUAGUUAUGUAACUUGCUUCGCUGGAUCGCAUUCACUUUCGCGUGAAUGUAUACACCAACACUUGGAAAUGAAGUCAAGUAUUGAUAGGCCUUCGUUCACAUUCAAACGCCAUGAUUUCAAAAAAUAACCAAAACAUUU